CAACUAAUCGCUCAGUUCAACAAGUCACGAUGAACAGCAAAUCGCGAGUUUUAGAAUCGCUGCUGGGCCGGCGGAUUCGGCAUGCAGCUUCGCGUUUGGUGUUUCAAACCCACUCCGAGGACGAACCUCAAGAUAAAAACUCGGCCUGGUCUCUCUGCAUGCGUUCUCAUAAUUCUAUUGACCACUGUAAAACAUUCCUUCAGAAUUCUUCUGAGUUAGAAAUUCAGUUAUUAGAAGUCCAAAAAGAGCUUGUAGCACUUCAAGAAACAAACUUUACAACAGUUACCCCUUCGACAGUCGACGUUACAGCUACAAGAAAUGAAAUCGUAGACUUAUACAGAAUUGUCGUCCCAAUCCUUCUUACAGCUUGUCUUUUAUCUUUUAUUUUCAAUCUGUUGAUCGUUUAUAGUGUGAGAUGGGUAAGAAGAAAACUAUCUCCAACUAUAUGCUUAAGCUUGUCACUUGCAUUAGCUGAUGCUUAUGCCUCUCUUGUCAUUGGACUCGGCCUUAUUAUCAACAGCUUGCUUCCAAUUGUUUACGGAGUUGAUCUGGGACCAUUCAGUCUUUGUUUUAUUCUUUCCUUGGAAGCAUUUAGGCUAGGGGGACUUGUUGUGGCUGUUCUUCAUCUUCUGGUGCUGGCUAUGAAUCAUUACAUAGGAAUACUUCGACCCUUACAUUAUGCCCACAUAGUAACUAGAGAGACUACUAUGUUAGCUAUAGUAAUAACAUGGGUGUUUCCGGUCGUAUUUUUCCUUGUGUAUUUUUCUUCAGUGCCCAAUGACGGGUUCCAGUCAGAAUAUUGUGCUAGCUACAACUUCUUACUCUACUCCCCUUUCAGAGUAACUACAUCUGUGAUGUUUUUCUGCCCGUUGCUACUGAUGUCCAUCAUGUACUGUCAUAUGUUCUUCGUUGUACGUCAGCAUCAACAAGGUCUGCUGCAAUGCCCAUCUAGCAGGAGCCUGCACAAGAACGUCAAGGCCAUCAUCACUACGCUUCUCAUCCUGGGAACAUAUAUUCUGGGGUGGAUGCCUGCGGUACUAUUCUUUGUACUAACAUGCUUAAACUGUGCCGUACCCUUUAUUCAAAUUCCUUUAUCUGUUCGCGUACCAGUUGGAAUCUUCAUCAACUCAAUGAUUGUAGCGAAAUCGUUUGUAGAUCCCAUUAUCUACGUGGUUCGGAUGCCUGAAAUUAAAUGUGCUAUGAAGAAUAUCUGGAAUACAAGGUGUGGUCGUCUUACAGAGUACGCUACUCCAUCGCAUUCGAGAACUGAUACUAGGAGACUGACAUUUCUUACAUCGCGCAGAAAAUCGAGAAUGAAGGGCAAAAAUGAUUGCAUAAAUGGGAACGCUGUACACGUGAGUGAACAUUAAGUCAGCACAUAGUUCAAUAGUUCGGAGCUAUUUUAAUUUUCUAAUACUAAUCUGUAACUUUUAAUGAUAAAUGCAUAACUGUUGAUACAUAAAUAAUGAGUGAUAAAUUCUGUGUCAUAUGAAGCGGUAAGUCUUCAGAUAUUUGAAGAAGUUUGCAAUUUUGUUUGAAAAUUAGUAUAUUAUCCCUUAGCAAUGAGAAAUUUUAUUGGGAACGGAUAAAGAUUUUAUUUGCAUUAAUGCAUCUUUUAAAUAAAUUAUGUUAUUAAAUAAUCAUGCAUAAAUAGUAUUUUAUGAAUUGAUAAAACUUUACAAGCGUGCAGGAAACGUGAUUAGAAUUUUAUAAACAUAAAUAUUCAUGUAGGGAAAUGUUUAUGUAUUUUAAUUUGUACUUUGUAAAAUAUAUACGAGAUUAUUUUCCUGAAAAGGAACCCAAUUUUAAAAUGCUAAAAAUUUAAUUUGAUGGAUUUUAGGGCUUAUUUCUUAGGAAAUAAACGAAUGUAAAUUUUUCUUCGCAAAUUCUUUCAUUACCAUCAGAAUGUUCCAGAAGUUUAAAAUGUUUCCAAAGGUGCUCAACAUGGUGCUUCGUUUAAAAAAACAUUAUUCCAACUGGAAACAUAAAACUUCUUCGCUUAAAAGUAAAUCACAAGGGACUCUAUGUACUGUUAUUUUCUUUAUAUGACUGCAGCAUAUUUUCAGAAAAUAUAAAAUUCCCAUUAAAACCAAUAAUUAUCUUAUAUGUGAAUUUUCAUUGUUCGUGAGAUUUCGAUAUUGUUGUGUAUAUCGCAUAUACAAAUUUAUGAAUAUUAUAUCAUGUAAGUAAUUUAUGUAUGUUUGUAUUUAUGUUUACUUGAAUAUACCUCAA